ACUCACUUUACCAAAGUCUCGCUAAUCUCUCUCCCGAUCUGCACACAGACAUUCGAAACCCUAGCUCUCAGCAGAAUGAACUUGUCCGGCUAGGUGCCGGAAAGCCGGUGGUUUUGAGGAAGUCUAGGUUUCUGUUCGUGAAGCGAUUGAUAGAGAGACAUAUAUCGUUCUCAGGGAAAGAAUUUGAUUUACUCAGCUUUCUAAAAUCAUUCGCCCCUGUAGCAAACCCACCAUAUUCAAUCUCCCAGUUUAAUCAAUCACUCUCAACAGUCAUUCCAGUUGAGCUCCAAGCUCAUAUAGUGUGUGUUGCGUGAAAUGGCACCGGGAGGGUUAGAUGCAAGCUGCUCUGCCUCAAAGGAAGAAGAAUUGCCGGCUAAUGUUGUUGUCGGCAUGGACCGUUUGGGAAUCGAUGGAGGAAUAUCUUCAAAUGGAAGCUCCCAGAGUAACAAGGAAGAUGACGAAGGUGGUGUGCAAAUCAACUGCUUUUCCGAAGCGUCGGAUAAUGUUACUCUCCACUUUCAGAUCAUACGUCUUCAAAAACAGAUAUAUGCAUGGAUCGGUUGCAACUCAGCCAAAUUCGGAAAUUUAUAUACAGCUCUGCCGGCAAGACCUAAAAACACAGUUAGUGUUACUUCCAUAAUUGGGGGAGCUUCUGAUAAUACAGGAUCUGGCAUUGCUCGUCGAUUAGUUUUGAAGACUGGUCUAAAUGUCAUAUUGGCUUGCAACAUUCCAAAAAACAGCCCCAUGCGUGUGGCAGAUGCCGAGAAAAAGCUGGUGGAAAAACUAAUCAAUCUGGGAUACGCUAGGUCAAAAUCCAAAGGAUGAAAGUAGCUGAAAGCUUAGACUGGUAUGCUAAAUAUGAAAGAUACAAUUAGUUUGUUUAUACUUUAUAGUGAUUCUGCUGGCACUGUGAUACCCACUAUAGCCCGGGAAGCUGCAACAAGGAGUUAUGGCACCAUUGAUGGAUCAUGCUAUAGUGUUUUACAUUCUGGUACUCCUUUUUCCAAUGAUCCCGUGCUUUAAAGUCCUGCUCGCGAUAAGUACAACUGUUGGUAACAAGGUCUUGUUACAUAAACUUUAACUUGUCAAUUUUUUUGGGUGUGUGUGUGUCAAAAGUCACUUUCAGAACGCUCGUGGCACCCUGAACAUUAGGCAUUUGUUUUAAAUGCAACUAACUUUGUGCAAACAAAAGAAAUCAGCAUGAUGCACAUUAGAACUCACAGUUUUCUAAUAUAUAUAUAUUUUUUAUUACUGUAUUUAUUUACCAUUUUGUUUUUUACUUGCUAUGAUAUCAUAACUGAUACAAAGUAUUACUCAGUAAAAAGGAAAAUGGGAAACUACUCAAUGCUUCUGAACACAGAUUAAAAAAAGGACUUUCUAGUCCGUUCUUUAGCUUUCUUCUCUCUGGUGGUUCUAUUUACUAUGCUGUUUUUGUAGAUAUAUGCAUGGAUCGGUUGCAACUCAGCCAAAUUCGGAAAUUUAUAUGCAGCUCUGCCGGCAAGACCU